AUGACAACUCCUCGCGCUUUCAUUGCUCGCCACGGCGAGACCGAAUGGUCGCUCAACGGUCGUCAUACCGGCACUACAGAACUAUCUUUGACUAAGAAUGGAGAAGCUCGUAUUCGAGCAACAGGAAAAGCAUUGGUAGGAGACGAUCGCUUGAUUGUCCCUUCCAGGGUUGCCCACAUCUAUGUGUCUCCUCGAAACCGUGCCAAACGUACUCUCGAGCUUCUGAACAUGGGUUGCAAAGACACCUUGCCUUGGCACGAUCCCUCACAACCUCCUCCUGAUAAAGACGCAAUCCGUUGUGAUGCAAAAGUACAGGUCACACAAGAUAUACGAGAGUGGGACUAUGGGGACUACGAAGGCUUGACAAGCAAGCAAAUAAAGGAGCAGAGAAAAGAGAAAGGUGAGGGCGAUUGGGAUAUUUGGAGAGAUGGCUGUCCGGGCGGAGAGUCACCGGACGAUAUCAUCCACAGACUAGACCGAUUGAUCGGUGACAUUCGAGAACAGUAUCAUAAACAGGCUAUUGGGAAGCCUACGAGCGAUGAGACUGCGCAGAAGCAAGAUGUACUGGUCGUAGCACAUGGGCACAUAUUGAGAGCAUUUGCAAUGAGAUGGAUUGGCAAGGAGUUCACAGAAGGGGUCAAUCUGAUUCUGGAAGCAGGUGGUGUCGGGACCCUGAGCUACGAGCACCAUAGUAUCGAUGAGCCAGCUAUAUUGCUCGGCGGCGCGUUCGUCGUCGACCUUGCUUCUUGA